UAGUCCGCCAUUGCUGUGUGUGGAGAUCUACGUUAGAGCAACAUUGGCGUUUGGUUGUCAACAACCAAUUACGGAGCAGCGAGGAAGGUCGAGUGGAAGCUGUUCCACAAGUAUACUUCCCUGUACCUAACCAGAUAAUAUUUUAAUGUAAAUACAGAACACACAGACGAGGUAACCAUGUCCAAUCUGAGCAAAGGUGGCACCAAAAAGGACACCAAGAUGAGGAUACGAGCCUUUCCUAUGACGAUGGACGAAAAGUAUGUCAACAACAUCUGGGACCUUCUGAAGAACGCCAUCCAGGAGAUCCAGAGGAAGAACAACAGCGGGCUGAGCUUCGAGGAGCUCUACAGGAACGCCUACACCAUGGUGCUGCACAAACACGGCGAGAAGCUCUACACGGGCCUCCGGGAGGUGGUCACUGAGCACCUCAUCAACAAAGUACGAGAAGAUGUCCUCAACUCACUAAACAACAACUUCCUCCAAACACUGAACCAAGCCUGGAACGACCACCAGACGGCCAUGGUCAUGAUCAGAGACAUCCUCAUGUACAUGGACCGGGUGUACGUGCAGCAGAACAGCGUGGAGAACGUCUACAACCUGGGCCUGAUCAUCUUCAGAGACCAGGUGGUGCGCUAUGGCUGCAUCCGAGACCACCUCCGACAGACCCUCCUGGACAUGAUCGCACGGGAGAGGAAGGGCGAGGUGGUGGAUAGGGGGGCGAUCAGAAAUGCCUGCCAGAUGUUAAUGAUCUUAGGCCUCGAAGGGAGGUCUGUUUACGAAGAGGACUUUGAGGCCCCGUUUUUAGAAAUGUCUGCAGAGUUCUUCCAGAUGGAAAGUCAAAAGUUUUUGGCAGAGAACAGCGCAAGCGUGUACAUAAAGAAAGUGGAGGCGCGGAUAAAUGAGGAGAUCGAGCGCGUGCUGCACUGCCUGGACAAGACGACGGAGGAGCCCAUCGUCAAGGUGGUGGAGCGGGAGCUCAUCUCCAAGCACAUGAAGACCAUCGUGGAGAUGGAGAACUCGGGCCUCGUCCACAUGCUCAAGAACGGAAAGACAGAGGACCUGGCGUGUAUGUAUAAGCUCUUUAGCAGAGUGCCAAACGGACUGAAGACCAUGUGUGAGUGCAUGAGCUCCUACCUCCGCGAGCAGGGCAAGGCGCUGGUGUCAGAAGAGGGCGAAGGCAAAAACCCUGUAGAUUACAUCCAGGGUCUGUUGGAUCUGAAGUCGCGUUUCGACCGCUUCCUCCUAGAGUCGUUCAACAACGACCGGCUCUUCAAGCAGACCAUCGCAGGGGACUUUGAAUAUUUCCUCAACCUCAACUCGCGCUCCCCCGAGUACCUCUCCUUGUUCAUCGACGACAAGCUGAAGAAAGGCGUAAAAGGAUUGACGGAGCAGGAGGUGGAGUCGAUCCUGGACAAGGCCAUGGUGCUCUUCAGGUUCAUGCAGGAGAAGGAUGUGUUUGAGAGGUACUACAAACAGCACCUAGCCAGGAGGCUGCUCACCAACAAGAGCGUCUCGGACGACUCGGAGAAGAACAUGAUCUCUAAGCUCAAGACGGAGUGUGGUUGCCAGUUCACCUCCAAACUGGAAGGCAUGUUCCGGGACAUGAGCAUCUCAAACACAACCAUGGACGAGUUCCGCCAACACCUACAGUCAACGGCGGUGUCGUUGGGCGGAGUUGAUCUCACAGUGAGGGUAUUGACUACAGGUUACUGGCCAACGCAGUCCGCCACGCCCAAAUGUAAUAUCCCCCCUUCGCCUCGACAUGCAUUUGAAGUCUUUAGAAGAUUUUAUCUGGCCAAGCACAGCGGCAGGCAGCUCACGUUGCAGCAUCACAUGGGCUCUGCAGACCUCAACGCCACCUUCUACGGCCCAAUCAAAAAGGAGGACGGCUCAGAGGUGGGGGUGGGCGGUGCCCAGGUAACAGGCUCCAACACCAGGAAGCACAUACUGCAGGUGUCCACCUUCCAGAUGACAAUACUAAUGCUCUUCAACAACCGGGAGAAGUCUAUGUUUGAGGAGAUCCAGCAGGAGACAGACAUUCCGGAGAGGGAGCUGGUGCGAGCGCUGCAGUCACUGGCCUGCGGGAAGCCCACCCAGCGCGUCCUCACCAAAGAGCCCAAAUCCAAGGAGAUUGAGAACGGCCACGUGUUCACCGUCAAUGACCAGUUCACCUCCAAGCUGCACCGUGUCAAGAUCCAGACAGUCGCCGCUAAGCAAGGAGAGUCGGACCCGGAGAGGAAGGAGACGCGGCAGAAAGUGGACGACGACAGGAAGCACGAGAUUGAGGCGGCCAUCGUCCGCAUCAUGAAGUCUAGAAAGAAGAUGCAGCAUAAUGUACUAGUAGCAGAGGUCACCCAGCAGCUGCGGUCGCGAUUCCUCCCCAGUCCUGUAGUCAUCAAGAAGCGCAUUGAAGGACUCAUUGAGCGGGAAUAUUUGGCGCGGACACCGGAGGAUCGCAAAGUGUACACUUAUGUAGCAUAAAGGCGUGAAUUCAAUGAAACCUUACACAAAAAGAAACAAUACUUUUUUUUCUGGGACAUGGAAGUUUGUCUGAUACUGGGAAACACUGGGAAUCUUACUUUUGAAAAGAGACGUUUUUUAAAAAUAUAUAUAUUUUAGAUUUCUUCUGCUGAGAAGAGCUAAAUGGAGGGAUUGGAUCUAGCUUGGUUACAGUUUCAUGUUCCUAAUGUGGCCUUGGGAAGAAUUGGGGGAAGAGUGUGAAUGCAUCAAAUGUACUGCAUUCAAACCCAUUAAACAAAGGAAAAGAAAAUGAGCAUAAAAAAGAAUAGGAGACAUACGAAGCAAAUGUGGGUUGGCUACACGAAGACCAAAAAAAUGUUUGACAUUUCUCCCAUUUUAAAUGUUGAUGUAAAUGAGUUAUGUUUGUGUUUUUUCGUGGCACCAUGCUGGUUGUACAGGUUGUCAGAUACUAUUGGCCUUUUUCCCUCUAGGGUUGUAAUCAAAGAGAAGAGGAGGACAUGGAUGUUGUUGCUGGUUUGCAGGGAACAGGAGCAGGUGCUUUGAUAGCAUGCUUUGUCUUAUGGAGUGGUGGAAGAAGUCACAUAUGCUCUAUACAAGGUGUAUGUUAUAGUUUUUUUUUGUGUUUUUCUUUUUCAAUGGGGCCUAUUGUAAAAUUGGAUCGUCAGCCCAGAAAAUAUUUCUCCUUGGAAUUGUAGGUUUCUCCCAAUGCAGAUCACAAAGGGGAAGUUUAUUUUUUUCUUCACUGCAUUUCAAUUGGAACCAAUUUAGCACCAUGUUUUAAUGUGUAUAAAUUGUAAAAUAAUUAUUGUACUCACUAAAGUGGACUGUACAGGGCCUAGUUUUCAUCAUAUUAAAUGUAGAAAAAGAAAAUGUACAUCGAAGGGAAUUUCGCCUCCUCCCUGUUUUACAACUCUGUGUCUUGUGUAUCCCUCUCUGAGAGCAGAGAGAAAACCACUGUAAAUUGUAUGGUGAAAUACAGUAUCUCCUCCUCUGACCAUAAUUAAAGCCUAAUGCAUAGAGGGAACCACAGUCAAACUGUUAAGCAUCCAAGAAGAACUCAAAAUAGCUAUUUGUAUUGCUUUCAAACAGUGGUAGCCAACUUUGAGACACUGCAUUUGCUUUAUAAAUAUGUUUCUUGCUGAA